CCACAGCUGGAGAAGUCUCUCAUCUGUCAGUUACCAUGGAUUCAAGGGUAUAUGUAUGUGUUCCAAAGCAAUACAUGGAGAAACUGAAUGAUAUGGGCGAAUGGAAUCAUGGACUUUUCCUAAAGAGGAUGAAUCCUUAUGUGACUAAAGAUGUUCUUGAGGCCCACUUUGAAAAAUGGGGGACGGUUCUAGUCUGUGACGUAAAAAUGGAGUGCACCACAGGCUUCCCCCGAGGCCUGGGUUAUGUGGGUUUUGCCAAUGAAGAAGAGGCCGAUGCAGCAGAGGCAGCAGGGCCCCACAAGCUGGCCGGCAUGGAGGUGGACAUGAGGAGAGUUAUCUGCCCAAAGAACAACGACGAUAUGACAUACGUGUCCCAUAGAAAGUCUGGCAUGGCAUAUCUGCUAGCAAGCAGCAGCUGGCUAGACUCUGAUGAAUGAAGGCAAGGUCUGCGUCAAUGAUUCAAAGGAGAAUUCCCACAGUUGUUUACAGAGGACAGAGGAUGAAAAGCUAAUAUUGAACCAAGAAAUGUGCAUGUCCUGCACAGUGCAGGAAGUCAGACAGUUAUAUUUUGUUACAGUAGCCAUAUGUAUUCGGCCGUGUGACCCUUUAUUGUUUGCAUAUUAUGGUAUUUGUUUAUUUUCAUUAGGCUAUUGAUCAAUGAUAUUGCUGACAUUA